AUGGAUACUAUUUCUGUAAAUUGUUUAGUUAAAGGCGAAGACCCUCUUGGAGAUGUUUUUUUGGUUAAAAUUAAUAAGAAUGAGCAUAUAGCUCAAAUCUAUGUUGACUCAACAGAACUAAGGUUGUGGAAAGUAGAUAUCACGCUCAAUAAACCCAAUGAAAAGUUGAAAGUACUUGAAAAUAAAGAAUAUGCCAUGAUUAAAGAACGCUUAAAAGGGAUGAAGCUUGUUGCAUUUAAGAAAAUUAUCGAGUACUUCUCUGAAGUUCCAAAAGAAAAUCACCUCAUCCCAUUUUCGAUUAAAAUUUCGCAUGGGAAGCUUCGCAAGUCGCUUCCUUGGAUUGCAGACCCAUCCAGAGUAUCACUAAAUGAUAUAAAGCACAAAAUUCUCAACAUAUUGCCUUUUCCGCAAGAUAUGACAGCAGAUAUUUUGACGUUACAUUUUAGCAGAGAGAAUGACAAAAGCUCUGAAGAAUUAGAAUUUAAAAAUGAUAAAAAUUUUCAAGAAUAUCUUAAAUACUGUAUCAUGACUUCAUCUUUGUCGCUUAAAGUCCAACUUGGAACGGUUUGUGAUCUAUUCGAAUUGCCAUCUAAUUUCCAAGAAUUUUCCAAGUUCAGCUGUGGAGUCAACAGUCUUGAAGAUUCAAAAGCAGAGGAGUUGCCAAAACAUCUCUAUAAAGAUCUUAAGCUCAGUCAAAAGCCAUCCAUGGUAGGAGCACUAUACACAGCUCAUUCAUAG